CAAGUUUCACUACUUGCUGCCGGUUUUCAUUCGACUACAGUAUUUUUAGGAGUUUCGAGCUUCUGACUUGAAGUAGAGUGAAAUAAAGUGCUAAAUUAAUAUACCAGCAUUGUUUCUACAACUUCCACUGUGAGCGGACGCUAGUUCUCAUCAUGCCGCAUUUCAGGAUUGAGACAAACGUACCGCGGGACCAAAUCCCAAAGGAUUUUGUUACCAAGGCAGUGCCGAUACUUGCUAAAGCUCUUGGUAAACCGGAACAGUACUGCGUAGUGUCCGUUCAUCCUGAUGUGUUGAUGAGCUUCAGCGGAUCCACUGCACCUUGCGCCAUUGGGAAUGUGAUGUCUAUUGGAGCUCUGGGCGUGGAACAAAACAAGAAACAUGCCAAAGUUCUUUUUGAACUUGUAGAAAAAGAGUUAGGAGUGCCUUCAGACCGGAUGUACAUCACCUUCCAAGACGAACCAACAGGCAAUGUGGGCUUCAAGGGGACUACCUUCCAUGCCAUUUUUGGAUAAACACAUUGAGUCUCUUCGAACAUGUUUAAAUUUAUAAGGCAUUUAACAUACAAUCUAUGUAGGAUAAUCAUAAAGU